AUGCCAGGGCUGGCGGUCCUGGGCCUCAGCCUAAUGGCUCUCCUGGGCCUUGGAACAGGGGCCCUGUUGUGCCUGUCGAGGCAAUUCAGGAUGCAAGGGGACUACGUACUGGGAGGGCUCUUCCCCCUGGGCUUGGCUGAGGAGACUCAACUGCACCACAGGACACAGCCCGACAGCAGCACGUGCUCCAGGCUCUCGACUGUUGGCCUGUUCUUGGUGAUGGCUUUGAAGAUGGCCGUGGAGGAAAUCAACAACAGUUCCACCCUGCUGCCUGGGCUGCAGCUGGGCUAUGACCUCUUUGACACGUGCUCGGAGCCUGUGGUCACCAUGAAGCCCAGUCUCAUGUUCCUGGCCAAGGUGGACAGCCGCAACAUUGCCGCCUACUGCAACUACACACAGUACCAGCCCCGAGUGCUGGCUGUCAUUGGCCCCCACUCCUCGGAGCUCGCCCUCAUCACGGGCAAGUUCUUUGGCUUCUUCCUCAUGCCACAGGUCAGCUACGGCGCCAGCAUGGACAGGCUGAGCAACCGGGAGACGUUUCCUUCCUUCUUCCGCACGGUGCCCAGCGACCGCGUCCAGCUGGAAGCCAUGGUGACACUGCUGCAGUACUUUGGCUGGAACUGGGUGGCAGCCCUGGGUAGCGAUGAUGAGUACGGGAGAGAGGGUCUGAGCACCUUCUCAAACCUGGCCCAUGCCCGGAACAUCUGCGUUGCACACGAGAGCCUUGUGCUGCUGCCCCAAGCCGACAGCCUGCGGCUGGGCAAGGUGCAGGACGUGCUGCAGCAGGUGAACCAGAGCCAGGUGCAGGUGGUGGUGGUGUUCGCCUCGGCUCGUGCCGUCCACUCCCUGUUCCAGUACAGCAUCAGCCACAGCCUCACGCCCAAGGUGUGGGUGGGCAGUGAGGCCUGGCUGACCUCAGAUCUGGUCAUGACGCUGCCUGGCAUCCAUCAGGUGGGCACCAUUCUUGGGUUUGUGCAGAGAGGCGCCCUGCUGCCUGAGUUCUUCCACUACGUGAAGACCCACCUGGCCUUGGCCGCUGACCCAGCCUUCUGUGCCUCACUGGCUGCUGAGCGGGACCUGGAGGAGGACGUGGUGGGACCACGCUGCCCACAGUGUGAUCAAAUCACGUUGCAGAACCUGUCAGCAGGGCUGGUGCAGAACCUGUCAGCGGGCCAGCUGCACCACCAGAUCUUUGCCACCUACGCAGCCGUGUACACUGUGGCCCAGGCCCUCCACCACACCCUGCAGUGCAGCCCCUGCAGCUGCCCCACACAGGAGCCCGUGAGGCCCUGGCAGCUCCUGGAUAGCAUGUACAACAUGAGCUUCAGCAUUCGAGGCCUGGAGCUGCAGUUCGAUGACACUGGAAACGUGGAUAUGGAAUAUGACCUGAAAAUGUGGGUGUGGCAGAGCCUGACACCCAAGUUGCACACCGUGGGGACCUUCAAUGGCAGCCUCCAGCUGCAGCUCACACAUAUGCGCUGGCACACACCAACCAACCAGGCUCCAGUAUCUCAGUGCUCCCAGGAGUGCCGUGAGGGCCAGGUGCGCCGGGUGAAGGGCUUCCAUUCCUGCUGCUACGACUGUGUGGACUGCAAAGCAGGCAGCUACCGGCAGAACCCAGAUGACCUCACCUGUACCCAAUGUGACCAGGACCAGUGGUCCCCAGAGCGGAGCACUCGCUGCUUUCCCCGCAGGCCUAGGUUCCUGGAAUGGGGAGAUCCAGCCGUCCUGCUGCUGCUCUUGCUGCUGGGCCUGGUGCUGGGCCUGGUGCUGGCAGCCCUGGGGCUGUUCAUCCACCACAGGGACAGCCCACUGGUCCAGGCCUCAGGGGGGCCACUGGCCUGCUUUGGCCUGGCCUGCCUGGGCCUUGUCUGCCUCAGUGUCCUCCUGUUCCCUGGCUGGCCGGGGUCCACCAGCUGCCUGGCCCAGCAGCCUGUGGCCCACCUCCCUCUCACAGGCUGCCUGAGUACACUGUUCCUGCAGGCAGCCGAGACCUUUGUAGAGUCGGAACUGCCGCUUGCCUGGGGAGCCUGGCUGCGUGGGCGCCUGCAGGGGCCCUGGGCCUGGCUGCUGGUGCUGCUGCUGACCCUGGUAGAGGGGGCACUCUGUGGCUGGUCCCUCACAGUCUUCCCAUCCCAGGUGGUGAUGGACUGGAGGGUGCUGCCCAGGGAGGUGCUGGUGCACUGCCACAUGCACUCCUGGGUGGGCCUGGGCCUGGUGCAUGUCACCAAUGCCACACUGGCCUUCCUCUGCUUCCUGGGCACCUUUCUGGUGCAGAGCCAGCCUGGCCACUACAACCGCGCCCGUGGCCUCACCUUCGCCAUGCUGGCCUACUUUGUCACCUGGGUCUCCUUCGUGCCCCUCCUGACCAACGUGCAGGUGUUGUACCAGCCUGCUGUGCAGAUGGGUGCCAUCCUCCUCUGUGCCCUGGGCAUACUGGCCAUCUUUCACCUGCCCAAGUGCUACCUGCUGCUGUGGUGGCCAGAGCUCAACACCCCCAAGUUCUUUCUAGGCCAGGGCGCUAGGGACACCACAGGUGGGGUUGGCAGCGCAGGCAGGGACAGGGCUCAGGGAGGCCCUGAGUGA